CUUGGAUGACGCUCUGCCGGGGCUUCCGUGUUGGAGCCGGCGGCAGCACCCUGGACUAGGAGAUCUGGGGUCCCGGUAGCGGGGUGGCCCGCGGGCCCAGGGCGGGGAUGCACCGCCGAGGCGUGGGAGCUGGCGCCAUCGCCAAGAAGAAGCUUGCGGAGGCCAAGUAUAAGGAGCGAGGGACUGUCUUGGCAGAGGACCAGCUGGCCCAGAUGUCAAAACAGUUGGACAUGUUCAAGACCAACCUGGAGGAAUUUGCCAGCAAGCACAAGCAGGAGAUAAGGAAGAAUCCUGAGUUCCGGGUACAGUUCCAGGACAUGUGUGCAACCAUUGGAGUGGAUCCUCUAGCCUCUGGAAAAGGAUUUUGGUCCGAGAUGCUGGGCGUGGGGGACUUCUAUUAUGAGUUGGGCGUCCAGAUUAUCGAAGUGUGCCUGGCUCUAAAGCAUCGGAAUGGAGGUCUGAUAACUCUGGAGGAACUACAUCAACAAGUGUUAAAAGGAAGGGGCAAGUUCGCCCAGGAUGUCAGCCAAGACGACCUGAUCAGGGCCAUCAAGAAACUAAAGGCAUUGGGCACUGGCUUCGGCAUCAUCCCUGUGGGCGGUACUUACCUCAUUCAGUCUGUUCCAGCUGAGCUCAAUAUGGAUCACACUGUGGUGCUGCAGCUGGCAGAGAAAAAUGGGUACGUGACUGUCAGUGAAAUCAAAGCCAGUCUUAAAUGGGAGACGGAGCGGGCGCGCCAAGUGCUGGAACACCUGUUGAAGGAGGGGCUGGCCUGGCUGGACUUGCAGGCCCCAGGGGAGGCCCACUACUGGCUGCCAGCUCUCUUCACUGACCUCUACUCACAGGAGAUAACAGCUGAGGAGGCCAGAGAAGCCCUUCCCUGAUUUAGUAUGGAAGGAUGCACAGUAGCAGGCAGUGAGAAAAAGGAGGAACUGUUGGUGAAUAAACCUGGACAAUUUUGUUUAUAAAAGAAAGGUUCUAAGUU